GAGGACACGAUUUUCUUCUAAUUGGGAUGGCUGUGCAGCUGCCGGGGUUAUGGUUGGCUACUCCCAAAGUCGCCGGAAAUUUUCGAAGCAAACCAAAACAAUCAAUUCCGAAGGCGCUCUCCACUACGGCUUCUCUUUCAUCUCCACCUCCCACCAUUAAGAUUGUCGGUGGUAACAAUUCAAGUUUGUUCGAGAUUGGAAAUGAGGACUCCAAUAGUUUUCAUGAUGGGAGUGAUGGAGAGAGUGACUGGGUUGAUCUGGAUGCUGAUCUUUAUCACUGGAUAAGGGGACUUCGUCCUGUUCAGUGGUAUCCCGGCCACAUUGCAAAAACAGAAAAGGAACUGAAGGAACAGCUCAAGUUGAUGGAUGUUGUGAUUGAGGUGCGAGAUGCAAGAAUCCCUAUGUCUACGACUCAUCCACAGAUGGAUUCAUGGAUUGGUAAUAGGAAAAGAAUUUUAGUUUUAAAUCGGGAAGACAUGAUAUCAACAGCAGACCGAAAUGCUUGGGCAUCUUAUUAUGCGCUACAGGGAACAAAGGUUGUCUUUUCCAAUGGGCAACUUGGAAUGGGUACUAUGAAGCUAGGCCGACUGGCAAGGUCUCUAGCGGAAGGGGUCAAUAUCAAACGCAGAGCCAAAGGACUCCUUCCUCGUGCAGUUCGAGCUGGAAUAGUUGGAUAUCCUAAUGUUGGGAAAUCAUCUUUGAUCAACCGUUUGCUAAAGCGACGAAUGUGCCCAGCAGCUCCCAGACCAGGUGUCACCAGGCAAUUAAGAUGGGUUCACUUUGGGAAAGACCUUGAGUUGUUAGACUCUCCUGGAGUACUCCCAAUGCGGAUUAAUGAUCAAUCAGCUGCAAUAAAGCUUGCUAUAUGUGAUGACAUUGGAGAGAGGUCCUACACUGUUGCUGAAGUUGCCGCGAUUCUUGUGCAAAUGUUGACGAGGCUUCCAGACAUAGGGGUUGAAGCUCUCCAAAGGCGGUAUAAGAUUCAGGCUGAUGGUCACUGUGGUAAAACAUUUGUACACAAGCUUGCAGUUCACUUGUUCAACGGUGAUAUCCAUCAAGCGGGAUUUCGCAUCCUGGCUGACUUCCGUAAAGGGAGGUUUGGUUGGACUGCAUUGGAGAGGCCACCCAGGUAAUACUUUUGCAUUCUUUGAGGCCUGGAUUUCUACAGCUUUCAGAGACAAUCAGGAGCAGAAGCUGGCGCCUUGUAAAUAUCUUGCUAAAUUAAGGCUGAUGGUACAAGAGAGCAUCAUUUGUUGUGAUUCACUGCUUGAAGAGAUGCAACGGAGCAGUCGGAAGACUGUGAAGGUUUUGAUGUAGUGUAGAGAAAUGGAGGCUAGACUUUUGUCCUCGCUAUCGACACUCAUUCAGAGUCGAAAGGUUUAACGCCAGUCACCUUGAUUCCCAGUUGUUUAAGAAAACUGUGGAGGACUUGGAAGUUUUAAAAGUGUAGAACAGGGAAGUUCAGGCUAAAUGUGGCAGGUAUAACAAUGGCCUAAUCGAGUUUGUUAAAAGAAAAAUAUUCAUGGCUUGUCACAAAUGUAAAUUUUACAACUCUUUUCGCUUUCAAGCGAUGUUUUUGUAGCAAGGAUUGUUCCAAUGCACCAAUGUUCUUGAACAACA